AUGUACGACCUCGCACUUGUAUUGAGCAAGGGAGGGGACGAGGUUACACAGAAUUCAGCGCGGGCUGUGGAGCUGUACGAGGACGCGAUUAAGGAGCACGACGAUGUUGAUGCGAUGGUGGAUCUUGGAGUCCUGCUGGAGAAGGGCGCAGAGGGAGUGGAGAGAAAUGUGAGUCGGGCUGUCGAGUUGUACGAGCGCGCAAUCGACAGAAGUGGUGAUGUCAGUGCCAUGUACUAUCUCGGACUCCUGCUGGACGAUGGGGCGGAGGAAGUGGAGAGAAACGUGGUUUGGGCCACCGGAUUGUUCGAGCGUGCGAUCCGGGAAGGGCAUCAUGGCGGCGCUAUGUGCCAACUCGCAUUCGUGAUGAUGAAUGGAAGGGAGGGUGUUCUGCGGGAUGAAGUCCGAGCUGCGAAACUCUUUGAGCGCGCGAUCCUGGAGCACAGUGAUGUGCACGCGAUAACAGGGCUGGCCGUGCUGUUGUCACAUGGCGCGGCAGGAGUGGAGAAGAAUGUAGUUCGCGCAAUAGAAUUGUACGAGCGCGCGAUCGACGAGGCCCAGGAUGCCUUUGCUAUGGUCGAACUGGCGCGCCUAUUGCAGGAUGACAGAUACUGGGUGCGGCCGAAUGCAGCGCGAGCUGCAAAGUUGCUUGAGCGCGCGGUUAAAGAGCACGACGACGUCGAGGCCAUGGUGCAACUCGGGGAAAUGCUAGUACAAGGCACGGGGGGAGUGCGGACGAACGCGGCUCGUGCGGCGCAAUUGUACGAGCGUGCGAUCGAGAAGUGCCAUGACCGCGACGCUAUGCUUAAACUGGCUUGCCUGCUGCGGGACGGAGCGGACGGGGUUUCGCGGGAUGCAGCGCGAGCAGCGAAGCUGUUCCAAGCCGGGAUGAACGGGCGCGACGGAGGCGAGGCGAUGGAGAUUCUCGGCCGACUGGUGCAGGACGCAGCCGGGCGGCGCUGA